CGGCAGAGAUAUUUAUUUAUUUCCUUUAUUUAUUUAAUUUUUUUUUGGAGUAGAGAGUGACAGAUGGCGGCGGGUCCCGGGGGAGCCGGCUCUCCCCCAAUGCAGACGCAUGCCAAUCACCGUCUCUCAUGUGAUAGCUGCUGCCCGUGACGUGCCAAGCCCAUAUGGCCUGGCAUAGAGGCUGGUACCCCGCCUGGUAGAGAUGCCACACUCGCUCCGCGGUUCGCAUGGCGCGCUGAAGACGCCGGCGCCCGCCGCCUCGAGGAGCCGCUGCCCCCCGCUCCCUGACGAUGGGGGAACAAUGAACUAGGCGCGGAGACCCCUCUCUCCCCCUCUCUUCUGGCCCCCUCCCCUCCCCUCUCCCCUCGACUCCUCUCCGAGGCACCAUGCUGACCCGCCUGUUCAGCGAGCCCGGCCUCCUCUCGGACGUGCCCAAGUUCGCCAGCUGGGGCGACGGCGACGACGAGGAGCCCAGGAGCGACAAGGGCGACGCGCCGCCACAGCCGCCGCCUGCGUCCGGGCCAGGGGCUCCGGGGCCCGCCAGGGCGGCCAAACCCGUGCCCCUGCGCGGAGAGGAGGCGCCCGAGGCCGCGCUGGCGGAGAUCAAGGAGGAAGGCGAGCUGGGCGGCGAGGAGGAAGAGGAGGAGGAGGAGGAGGAAGGUCUGGACGAGGCGGAGGGCGAGCGGCCCAAGAAGCGCGGGCCCAAGAAGCGCAAGAUGACCAAGGCGCGCCUGGAGCGCUCCAAGCUGCGGCGGCAGAAGGCGAACGCGCGCGAGCGCAACCGCAUGCACGACCUGAACGCCGCGCUGGACAACCUACGCAAGGUGGUGCCCUGCUACUCCAAGACGCAGAAGCUGUCCAAGAUCGAGACGCUGCGCCUCGCCAAGAACUACAUCUGGGCGCUCUCGGAAAUCCUGCGCUCCGGCAAGCGGCCAGACCUGGUGUCCUACGUGCAGACCCUGUGCAAGGGCCUGUCGCAGCCCACCACCAACCUGGUGGCCGGCUGCCUGCAGCUCAACUCGCGCAACUUCCUCACCGAGCAGGGCGCCGACGGCGCGGGCCGCUUCCACGGCUCAGGCGGCCCCUUCGCCGUGCACCCGUACCCGUACGCGUGCUCGCGCCUGGCGGGCGCGCAGUGCCAGGCGGCGGGCGGCCUGGGAGGCGGCGCGGCGCACGCCCUGCGGACCCACGGUUACUGCGCGGCCGCCUACGAGACGCUGUACGCGGCGGCGGGUGGCGGGGGCGCGAGCCCGGACUACAACAGCUCGGAGUACGAGGGCCCGCUCAGCCCCCCGCUCUGCCUCAAUGGCAACUUCUCUCUCAAGCAGGACUCGUCGCCCGACCACGAGAAAAGCUACCACUACUCUAUGCACUACUCGGCGCUGCCCGGCUCGCGGCCCGGAGGCCACGGGCUGGUGUUCGGCUCGGCGGCCGUGCGCGGGGGCGUGCACUCUGAGAACCUGCUGUCCUACGACAUGCACCUGCACCACGACCGGGGUCCCAUGUACGAGGAGCUCAACGCAUUUUUCCAUAACUGAGACUCGCGCCGGGCCCUCAUUUUCUUCUUUCGCCUUUGCCCGCCCCUCCGCUCCAGCCCCCGAGGGCAGGGGCUCCCCGACCUGCCCGGCGCGCAAAGGGGCGCGGGGAGCCAGACAGCCCUGCGCGCUCCUGGGCAGCGCGGUCCGCAGCUGUGGGUGGCCCGACGUCCGGGGCGUCGCUUCCUCCCGGGGGACUCGCCUUCUCCCCCGAGGGGCUCCAGGCCCCUGUCCGGGGAGUGCGGCCCCAGGGACCCUCUCCGCCCGCUCCGUGGAGAGGCCCUGCCAGCCCCUUUUGGUUUCUCCUCCUCCUCCCCCAGGCCCAGAGGCGUCGGCGAGGGGCAGCUGAGCAGCGGGGUGUGCUUUUCCCCUUUCGUUAUUAUUUUAAAAGCAGACCCCCAGCUGCCACGGCCAGGCGCCCCCUCUUUCUCGCAGAGGGCAGAGCGCAGGCCUGGAAGGCCUUCCCCACCCCCUACCCUGAAUCUCCGCGUUUUGCCAUUUUAGUUUUGGCGGGAGGGGAUGUGGAUUGAAAGGAAAGAGAACAAGACAGUUUGUGACCAGAUUACAUUUGCCCUUUUCUUUUCUUUUUUUUUAAACAAAUAAACAUACAAAUCAAGCUAAGAGGCGACGAAGGCCGAACUCAGAGUCCGGAUUGGAAAGAAAACGCAGUAAGAACUUUUAGAAGCAAUAAAAGGCAAAAAAAAAAAAAUAGUACUACCAAUAAUAAUAAUAAUAAUAAAAAAGACACAAAUAUCUAUGCAAGGAGGCUCUGACGGAGCCCAGGGCCCGGCCCGCCCGGGACGCCCCGCCCAGCGCGGGUCUGUGCACUUUGGUGAAGUGGGGGCUGCGCCCCCCCCCUCCCCGGUUCUUAACAAUCAGUGACUCGGAGAUUUGGGGCCCCAGUGCCACUGCCCUCCCCUGCCCCGCCCCGUUGUUCGUCACACUGUUUUUUAAAAAACCUGUUUCCAGAUCUGUACGAAAUGGCAAAGCGUUGGGGUAGGCUUGGGGAGGGAGGGUCUGCGUGAGCGACACGCGCGCCCCGCACCGCACUCGCUCGCAGGCCCGACGCGGGAGUCCGGAGACCAGGGUGGUGCGCGUGCUGCCGCUUCCUCCCCGCGGCCACCUCUGGCCCCUCUGGGGUGAGGCCAAGGGGACGGAGACCUGGGGCGGCCCCGCCUGCCUGGACUGCGCCCGGGCUGGCGCCAGGCGCCGGAGAUUCCGGGCGGCUGGAGAGCGGUUUGUGUCCUCCGUGUCCUCCGCCUUGGCCGGCGGUGGUUGGGGACAGUGGGGGGCACCUUCUGCAAAGUUCCCUGAAAGGGGCGCACAAGGGAACCUCACCGCCCCGUGGGCAGGGCGCCAGACAGCCAAACACACGAUGCAAAAAUGCACACGCACAGGGGACACACCCACACUCACCAACACACACGCAAUUUUACCUUCUUCUUGUAGGGAAGAUGAAACUCCCGUCGGACACCCGAAGUGCAUUGCGUGAUUCUGUUCAGUUUAAUGACGAUUAAUAAAUAUUUAUGUAAAUGA